AUGUCCUGGUUGUUUGGCGUGAAGCAAAACGCGCCGCCGCAGAUUCCGGACGAUUUUCACCCUCCCGCCGCCGGAGGACAACCUGGCGCCGGUCCUAAUCAACCUCCAGGUGCCUCAAAAUAGGAAAAAUUACCUAUUCUUCCGAAAUUUUGAGGCAAAAAUGAGCCAGCUGGCAGUAAAAUGGCCUAUUCCUUCGAUUCGACGGCUUUGGAACGGGCCGCCAAAGCGGCCAGGGAUUUGGAACGGUUCCCGAAUGCUAAGGAGGCCUUGGAACUAUCCAGAAUGCAGGAAGUUACACGGCAAAAAGGAAGUCGAGCAGCAGACGAAGGUUAGCGAUCGUUAUUUUUUUGAGAAAAAUAAUAAAAAAAUAUUUGAUCCUUUGUUUCGUUCAGAAUAGUUUUCCUGGUUUUUUUAAUGGUAAUAGUUCAAUAAUUAAGCUUUUUGAAUUAUGUUGCGUCUUACUGAAAUUGACAGAGUAUUUUUUUCCCCUUUAGGGGAGAACGUUUGCAGUUAACUCUGAAAAAAAAACAGUAUAAGGUAAUUUUUGAAAAUCGUGUUGAGUUUUAUCGAAAUUAGGAAUUUCAGUAUUUUUCUAAGCUUUUAAUCCGUCCUUAAGAGUCCUCGAACCUUUUUUUUUUAGGUCUUUAAAACUUUAUACCAAUUUAAUUGUUGAAAAGUUGAGAAAUAAUGAAGUGAUCGAUCCGAAAAAAUUUCGAUUUUCAUAUAUUUUUAAUUUUUCAUGACUUAUAUCAUUAAAAUAUGAAAGGUUGAUUUAUAUUCUUUACGAAGCCUUUUCCUUCUUGGCAAGGUAAGUUUUAAAACUUUUUUUAAACUGAAUUAAAGGAAAGGAGAAAAGUUCAGAUCUCAUGGUCAUAUGUCCGGAUUCCAUUUAAAAACUCACAAAAAUCCAUUUUUCAACCGUUGAAAAUUGCUGAAAAAGUUAUCUUUCAGCAAAUCGAAGCCCAACUAGCAUCGAUGAAAUCAGACCAUAUCCGGACCGCAGAAGAAGAGCGAAGGAAAACGCUGAACGAGGAGACGAAACACGCCAGAUCGGUUGGAUUUUCUAAUUGAAAUCGAAAAAAGACGAUUUUCAGAGAGCCGAUUAUCAAGACCAAUUGGCGAGGAAACGACAAGAAGAGGAGCUGGCGAUGAAGGCCAAAAUGCAGGAAGAGAGUUUGAGGAAACAGGAGGAGUCGGUUAAGAAGCAGGAGGCUUUAAGGAAAGGUAGUGUAGAAGGAAGGGAAGAAUUAAAAAAAUGCUUUAUAAUUUCAAGAUUUUUUUGACGCAAGUAUAAUCCAGGAAGGGGGAAAUUAUGUUUCUUAUUGUUCAAACUUAAAGCUUGACAAGGAUUUCAAAUUUAAGCUCUUUUAAAGCGUAUUUUUGAGCUAAAAUGUCUACAAAAAUCUUAUUUUUCAGCCACAAUUGAGCACGAACUUGCCCUAAAGCACAAAUAUGAGCUGGAGAAGAUCGACGCAGAGACCAGAGCUCGUGCCAAAGCUGCUCGCGAGAAUCGCGAUGUCAACUUGGAGCAGAUGAAACUUCACGAGGAGGAGAACCGCAAAACUGUCAUUGAAAAGAUUAAGUGAGGAGAUUAGGAUGGACACCGGAUUAAAUCGAAAUUCAGAACGAGCGGAGAACUUCUUGGAGCCGGUUUGAACGAGUUUCUGCAUGAUAAAGCGAAGAUGACUGCUGCGGUGAGCUUUGAGAAUUUUAAACUUUUGAAGAUUGAGUGAAAUGGAAAUUAAGAGUCAAGCUUAAAUUUUUCACAAUAGUUCUGUUUCUAAAGAAACGAGUUUAGCUUAUUGGAGACCUUUAAAAAUGAACUUCUCGAUUCUUCUGAAAAUGGCAGUCCCCUAAAAGCAAAAAUUUCAAACUUGGCAGCGCCUAAACUCUCUUCAAAUUUGGCAGCGCUUGAACUUUAUUUAAAUUUGGCAGCGCCUAAAGUUCCUUCAAAUUUGGCAGCGCCUAAAAUUUCUUCAAACUUGGCAGCGCCUAAACUCUCUUCAAAUUUGGCAGCGCCUAAACUUUCUUCAAAUUUGGCAGCGCCUAAACUUUCUUCAAAUUUUGGCAGCGCCUAAAAUUUCUUCAAAAUUGGCAGCGCCUAAACUUUCUUCAAAUUUGGCAGCGCCUAAACUUUCUUCAAAUUUUGGCAGCGCCUAAAAUUUCUUCAAAUUUGGCAGCGCCUAAAGUUCCUUCAAAUUUGGCAGCGCCUAAAAUUUCUUCAAACUUGGCAGCGCCUAAACUCUCUUCAAAUUUGGCAGCGCUUGAACUUUCUUCAAAUUUGGCAGCGCCUAAACUUUCUUCAAAUUUGGCAGCGCCUAAACUUUCUUCAAAUUUUGGCAGCGCCUAAAAUUUCUUCAAAAUUGGCAGCGCCUAAACUUUCUUCAAAUUUUGGCAGCGCCUAAAAUUUCUUCAAAAUUGGCAGCGCCUAAACUUUCUUCAAAUUUGGCAGCGCCUGAACUUUCUUCAAAAUUGGCAGCGCCUAAACUUUCUUCAAAUUUGGCAGCGCCUGAACUUUCUUCAAAAUUGGCAGCGCCUAAACUUUCUUUAAAUUUGGCAGCGCCUAAACUUUCUUCAAAUUUUGGCAGCGCCUAAAAUUUCUUUAAAAUUGGCAGCGCCUAAACUUUCUUCAAAUUUGGCAGCGCCUAAACUUUCUUCAAAUUUUGGCAGCGCCUAGACUUUCUUCAAAUUUGGCAGCGCCUAGACUUUCUUCAAAUUUUGCAGCGCCUAGACUUUCUUCAAAUUUGGCAGCGCCUAAACUUUCUUCAAAUUUGGCAGCGCCUAGUCUUCCUUCAAAAUUGGCAGCGCCUAAACUCUCUUCAAAUUUGGCAGCGCCUAAACUUUCUUCAAAUUUGGCAACGCUUAAAAUUUCUUUAAAAUUGGCAGCGCCUAAACUUUCUUCAAAUUUUGGCAGCGCCUAAAACUUUCUUUCAAAUUUUGGCAGCGCCUAGACUUUCUUCAAAUUUUGGCAGCGCCUAGACUUUCUUCAAAUUUUUGCAGCGCCUAGACUUUCUUCAAAAUUUGGCAGCGCCUAAACUUUCUUCAAAUUUGGCAGCGCCUAGACUUUCUUCAAAAUUUUGGCAGCGCCUAGACUUUCUUCAAAUUUGGCAGCGCCUAGACUUUCUUCAAAUUUUGCAGCGCCUAGACUUUCUUCAAAUUUGGCAGCGCCUAAACUUUCUUCAAAUUUGGCAGCGCCUAGUCUUCCUUCAAAAUUGGCAGCGCCUAAACUCUCUUCAAAUUUGGCAGCGCCUAAACUUUCUUCAAAUUUGGCAACGCUUAAAAGGAAGAUUCUAGAUUCUUCCAAAAAUAGCAGUCACAUAAGCAAAUCCCAACAGGAAUUCUAGGGAAACGCUUCGAAAAAUUUUUUCUGAUAAUUUGAUUUCUGAUUUGAUUAUAAAAAGAUCCUCAUAAAAAUUUUUAACUCCAUUUAAUUUUUUGAUUCGAAGUAAGGAAGAAAAUACCACUAUAAAAGUAUGAAUAAUAUAUUUUUUUGUAAUUGAAUUUUUUUCAUUUAUCAUUUUCUUUAGGUCGGCGGUCUCACUGCACUUGCCAUUGGAUGGUAUACGGCCAAGCGAGGAACUUGUGAGAAAUAGAUCUCGAAAAAUAUGAUAAUUAAAUGAUUCUAGCCGUUGUCGCUCGGUAUGCCGAGGCGCGCCUUGGAAAGCCGAGUUUGGUCCGGGAAACUUCGCGAGUGACGCCUUUGGAAACGCUGAAACAUCCGAUAAAGACGGCUUCGAUGUAUUUCCGCAAGCGACACGAUCCUCUUAAAGGCGUUGUCUUGGCGGUUAGUUUCUAGGGAGGACUGAUUGAAAUUGAAGGGAAAUACAAUAAAAAGAUGAUAAAGUCACACGAGAAGCUGAGAAAAUGUGAAAAAAAAACUUCGAAAAUUGAAAAAAAAAUAUUUUAAAGUUAAAGUUAUAAGUGCUCUAAACCGAACAAGAUUUUUUUGCAAAAAAAGUGUAUGAUUUAAAUAAAUUUAUUUUUUUCAUUCAUACGAAAUCCUAAAUGAUCUCAAACAUAGAGUUUUUGUCUAGUGAUAAAAAAAAUUACGAAUUUAUUCAGUGUUUCGUUUAAAAUCCACUUUUGAAGAAAUUUUUAACCGAAAAAUGAUAUUUUUGAAGAUAUACAGCUUGAAUAAAUCAGUCGACGUAUUUUUUUAACUUUAAUUUUUUUACGGGAUUUUUUCAAAAUUUUAAGGUUAAAAAAUUAUUUAAAUAAUAUAAGUCCGUAUUUUCAUUUCAAUAAGCGAAGUAACUGAUAUUUUUUUCCUUCAGCCCGAACUAGAAAGUCGCCUUCGUGACAUCGCCAUCACCACUUCAAACACACGAAGAAAUAAUGUAAAUUCAAUAAAAUAUCUAAAAUUGUCGUUAAUUACAUUUUUUUUUCUCAGGGAUUAUUCCGAAACGUGUUGUUCUACGGGCCGCCUGGAACGGGUAAAACGUUGUUUGCCAAAAGUUUGGCACAGCACAGCGGAUUGGACUACGCGAUUCUGACGGGUGGCGAUAUCGCGCCGAUGGGCCGCGAUGGCGUCUCUGCGAUUCAUAAAGUCUUCGAUUGGGCCAACAGCAGUCGGAAAGGGUGCGCUGUUGAGAAAAUGGGGUUGAAAGGAAGAAUUAUCUGGAAAAUGGGGGAAAUAUGAUUUUGAAACAAGUUUUUUAUACAGGUUUUCUGCUCAGUUUUCGAUUUGAUUGAAUUAUUUUGCUGAAAGGUAUUUAUGACUGUACUUAAAAAGAUAUUGAAAAAGUUAUUUUAUUUUACAAAUGAGUAAAUUUUCGAACUUUGCUAGAUGUAUCCUAUCUGUAGCUCCAGGUCGUGAAAAAAAAUAAAAAAAUAAUUUUUUUAAUAGAGAAAAGUUCUUAGAAAAUAUAGUCAAUGUUUCCCGACUUGAAAGGCGAGGGAGGCGGGGCAGCGGGCGGGACGCGUAGCGUGUGUGUUCGCGUUUCUUGGCACGUGUUCAAUUCAACCGCCAUUGACUCUUUGAAAAUCUCGUUUUUUGCUCUUUUCAUUCCUUUUUCUAUUAUUUAUUGAUUAUGUUCAUGUUUUCAUCAAAAAAUAUUAGAAAAAAUUGAAAAAGAGCGGUUGCCGAGCUUUUUAAAUAGUCGGCGCCAAUUGAAUUGAACUCGUGCCAAGAACCGCGAACGCACACGCUACGCGUCCCGCCCCUUGCCUCGCCUCCCUCGCCUUUCAAGUCGGGAAACAUUGACUAUAAUUGAACGUGUUUGGUUUCUACAGUGAAACUGCAGUAAGCUCAAGAGAAUAUUUAUGCCAAAAAUUGUUUUAUUGCGAAAUCUCUGUUGAUUCUGGUAGUUAGAGAUCUAGAGAUUAUCAAAUGGAAUGAAUUAAAUUUUUUUUGCGUUACCACAAUAAUAAACUGCUCACUGUGAAGUUAUUGAGGUUGAAUUCAGCUUGUUUGGGACUUUGAUCGGGUUUUUUUAAAAAGCCUUCUUUUUGCCUAGGAAUAUUGAAAAUGAAGAAAAAAACCAACUUUGUUAAGUUCAAAAAAAGCUUUGCAUACUGAUUCUAUCUUAUAUUUCUCAUUGCAAUUCGCGUCUUAAUUUUUUUAAGUCAAAAAAAGGAGUUCAUGAAUGACAAAUUCAGAUUUUUUUAAGAUUUUUCCACAAAAAAAUUGAAAUUCACUCCGAAAAUUCUGAAAAUAUCUUGCCAGAACUGGCGGAUUACCUAAUAUUCCAAGAAUAAGAACCUAAUUUCCAGUCUCGUGGUGUUCAUCGACGAAGCUGACGCAUUCCUGCAAAAAAGAUCCAAAGAAGCCAUGUCAGAAGACACCCGAGCCGCCCUGAACGCCUUCUUGUUCCGAACCGGAGAACAAUCGAGAAGAUUCAUGCUGGUCGUCGCCUCGAAUCAACCCGAACAGUUCGAUUGGGCUGUCAAUGAUCGGUUGGCUCAGAGCUUCCAGAAAGAGUCGUUGAAUCGGAUUGAUUCAGGUUGGAUCAACUGGUCGAAUUCGCCCUCCCUGGAAGGACUGAACGCGAAAGAAUCUUGUUGCAGUACUUUGAGGAGCACAUUGCAAAGCCGGCCACCAGUGGUCCGCAUUAUUUCUGUUUCAUUAGGAUUUUUGAAUUUUUUUUUUUUGGAAAUGUCGCUGAGGAUUUUCAAAGAUACGGAACAGUUAGAUUUUAACGGUGAAAAUAUGAAAAGUUCCAGAAUGUGACUAGAAAUGCAAUGAAGGAAGAAAAUUAUAAGUGAGAAUGAAAAAUCUGUGAAUAAAAUCACAAAAAUGAACCAUUUUUCAUUCUUUCUAGAAUUUUUUCUCGUGCUCGGCCAGAAGACCAAAAAGGUCUCAAAAAGAAGUUUGGAUAAACGACCUCAAAGGCGCCUUUUUAGGCCUUUUUUUUCUGAAACGAAGACCUUUUUAGGCUGUAAAAAAGAAGGAGGCGGAAAAAAGGAGGUUUCCAGAAACUGUUGACACCUUUUUAGGGGUUCAAAAACGAGCUUUUGGCUCUUUCUUUCAAAGUCUUUUAGAGGUCGUUUAGUCUUUGACUGUGAAUAGGAAAAGUUCAAACGAUGCACACCUUUGAAUCUACAGAUAUACGGCUAGAAAUGCGAUGAAUAAUAGAAAAUUUUCAAAUUUCAUGAGCAAAAUGAGCCGUUCCAACAAAAAAUCUUGAAAAAUGCACCCACUUUCCAUCAUUUAUAGGUUUUUUUUUCUCGUGUAGAGAAAUGCUGUUCAACCAUUUUACGGUAAGGAGAAGAUCUUUCAACGUUUAUUUUAAAUAAAAUCACAAAUAGAAUUUUUCUCAUAAUGUUAGCACCUUUUUUGUUUUCUGAGAUCGAGUUUUUCAGGAUCCCGCGGACAGCGGCUGAAGCUGGCCAAAUUCGACUGGAUCAAAAAGUGUGCGGAUGUUGCAGACGCGACGGAAGGCAUGAGCGGUCGUGAAUUGAGCAAACUGGUCAUCGGAUGGCAGGUAAAUCAAACAGGAAUAAAACAAGGAUUUUUUGACGAAAUCGAUUAUCAAAAAGGCUACCAAAUGCUAUGAAUCUCCGGUCAUAAAGCUCAAUUUUCAUGCAAAAAAUAUAAGAUUACGUGACUUUUCUACAUUCAAAAGUUGAAUGAACUUUUUAGGACCUGAUGAUAGGUUUUAAAACCUGAAAUUGAUCUUAUUUUAACUAAAGUUGUAAAAGUCAGUACCUUUUUCAAUUUCCAGGCCUCCGCCUACGCUUCUGAAGAUGGUCUGCUGACUGAGGCGAUGAUUGAGAAGAAUACGGUUGAUGCGAUGAAACAACAUCAGCACAAAAUGGAAUGGCUCGAGCGGGAGCAGCUGGCUGCCAGGGAUCAGAAGGUCCUGGUUGGAAAAAAAAAAGAUAGAGAUUGUAUCACAAAUUAGAAUCGUAGAAUCUUUGAAAGAGCUUUUUCCAGCUGAAAGGCAAGACUCGGGUAACAAAAAAGCGGCUAGUUAUGUAGGAAUGACAAAAAAACUUGACCUUGAUAGUUUCUUCUGACCUUAAAGCGGCUAUUUUUUUCAAUUUUGUAGAAUAUUCUAAGAUAAAAUCAUAAAAGUGACGAUAUCAUUGUUAUUUAGGAAUUUUUGUAGUCCUUGUAAAAUUCUAAGUUAAAAAAGGGAUUGGUAAUAAGUUUUUUUUUUAGUUGAAAAUACUUUUUUUGGACUCCUUUCUGCUCAUUUUUUCUUUUAUUUGACCUUUUUCAGUUUAAGUUGAUUUUAAGCUUCAGAACGAAUAUUGUUUUUUUUUGGGUGUCAAAAAAGACUAUAUAAGUACAAGUUUUAAUACUUAUUCAAAAUGAAAAUGAAAAAAAAAAUGCAAUUUGGCCCUAUUUCAGGUCAAAUUCGGUACGACCCUGAAACGAGAAACGGCCGUUUGA